CUGCAUGACUAGUGCCCCGCCUAGUAGUACCUGUAUAGGUAUCAUUUUACACUUGAUCCUUCGGGCAAGAGGCACAGUCAUCAGAUCACAGCAGCUCUUUUACAAUGAAAGCCAGACAGCAUGCUAACGUCAGCUGAGAUGCUUUGACAGUAGCAUUCAAUAGGAUCAGUCAACCAGUCGUCACCACCAUCUUUGCUACAGCUAUGCCCAUUGCAGAGCUUUUGGGAGUCCAGUUCGACAUGCAACUGCUGUUGAAACUGAGUCUCUCUGUGGCUGCGGUACUGCUGGUUUCUUGGGCCUACAGGUUCUACAACUCCAGGGAUGUGAAGAAAAUUCAGCUCUCUCACAACAAGGAGCCAAAAAAUGCAACCUGCCAAAACUGCAAAGCAACGCUUCGGUGUCAAAACUCGCCAAAACACGACACCCGUGAUGGAGGAAGGCAUCCCAGACUUUCAGACACAGCCACUGACGGGACAAAGGAAGCACCAGAGGAAGAAGCUUAUCCACCAGAAGCUGAAAAGAGUGAAGAUGUUGGUAUGUCUUACAGUGACCAAGAUAUCAAUUUGAAAGGAGAAAUACUCACUUAUCAGAAGCAGGCAAAAGUUGCCACCAGUGAUAUUUCAUUUGGAUCUGCUUUGAACCUUACUUAUCCAACAGAGAGUGGGAUGGUCAGUACAACAGGGCGCCGCUCCCCUUGCUUUUUGCAGAAGCUGGAGGGUAGUGUGGGUGUGGGCAGGGAGCUAAGGCAGGACUUAGAGUGCCAGGGGGCCUACUCCAGCUUCCUCUCCAAGGCAGAGAUCAAAGUGGAGGAUGCUAACGUGCUGCUGGAAGGAACAGGAGACCAGAUUGUGCGUGGAAAAAUAUAUGAUUAUUAUGUUGAGUCGUCCUCUCACUCCAUUACAGACUCAAAUUCUGUGCUGGGUCAGUUUGACAAGAACUCUGAGUCACAGCCAGUGGAGUUUGGAACGCACGGUAGCAGUCACACAGAAUCUUCUUCUUCUCUGAGCCCCAUCAUUAUGCGUGAUCUGGUUUUACCACAAAACUCUGUUGGGGAUCCCUCCUCAUCAGGAAGCCUCAGGCUGAGGCACCCUGCAAGGCCUGUACUCCUACGCAAGGAAAGCUAUCUGUCUGCAGCUGAGCAGUCUGAGCUAUACACCCCCUUUCAAACAUCAAGAACCUCAACUGCAAUCACUCACUCUCUGACCUCAUCCAACAAUGAGUUCAUCUCUGUUCACCCUAUAAUCUUUAGCUCUACACACAGCAAAGAUCUUGAUGUGAAGGAGGGCUCAGACCUAGAGACUGUAGCAGGGGCUUCAUUUUUACAACUUCCAGCAAAAACUCUUGAUAUGGAAAGCUUGAAGAGCAAACUUGAUCUGGGGAAUUGCUUGGAGACACUAUACUUGGCUAAGAAACAUGGCCAGACUUCUGUGCAGCGAGCAGCCCUUGGAGUCAUGUCAGACAACUAUCUCCAGGUGCUCAGGGACCCCAACCUUUAUGGGCGGCUAAUGGCCGGUGAGCGGGAACAAAUCCGGAAGCAGAGAAUGAGUGGGAAAAAGUUCAUCGUGGUGGCAGAUAUGGACCCCAAAGACUGGACGAGGAAUACAGGAGGGCAAACAGCAAAAACAGACCAGAGGAAGACAUCCAGUACAUUGUACUAUUAUGAUGACUACAGAGACACCUGGCACACACUCUGCCUGAUCCCACAGGAGGUCAUCUCUAAAGCCUGUGCCAUGUGCACAAUGGAUAACUACUUAUUUGUGGCAGUGGGCUGCCAAGGCACAGACAGAGAAAUGACACCCUCAAAGCAAGUGUUUUGCUACAAUCCUUUGACAUCCAUUUGGAAGGAGAUCAGUCCUAUGAAUGAAGCCAGGCCUCGGUGCAAACUGGCAGCUCUGGAGGGCUACAUCUACGCCAUCGGUGGGGAAUGUCUCUCCUCAGUGGAGCGCUAUGACCCACGACUGGACAGAUGGACAUUUGUGGCUCCGCUGCCUAAUGAUACAUUUGCUGUGGCACAUCACGUCACAGUGUGCAAUGGAGAGCUUUUUGUUUCCGGGGGAAGUCUUAGAUAUAUGCUUCUGCGUUACAGCCCCAAAACCAACACCUGGAGGCCAAGUCUGUUAGUAGGCAGCAAAGACAGAACUGCAGACAUGGUAGCUGUGGGGAGAUUUUUGUAUCGGUUUGAUCUUAACCCACUGCUGGGUGUCACCGUGUACCGCUACCAUACAGUGGCUCGACUGUGGUAUGAGUGCAGCUCCAAAAGGCUUCUGCGCUGCCCUGCCUUCCAGUGUGUCACGAUGGGUGACACAAUAUAUUGUGUCAGCCGCCAGUUCACCAUGAGGUUUGAGGCUGAUGAGAUCUCUCCUGCUUUCAUAGAUGAGAAUUUGAGCACCCUCACUGCGGCGAAGGGCAUACUUUUCCCCUUUGUCCUUUCACUCGCUGAUAAGAGGUCUCAGCAGACCAGUGUGUAAUGAGGACUCAGUUUUCUAUUGAUGAUAAGAUUAGGUGGUGAUGGAGUAUCCCUGUAAGCCUGUUUUACAUCAAAUAUCUUGUUUACUGAGUAGGUUUUGCUUCCAGGUUUAUUCUCAAUGAUGUUAUUGCAAUUGUAACCACUGUGUUGUCAUUUCUUCAAAGUGCUACCUAGAAUACCUUUCCACAAAGCUUUGGUUCCUUAAACUUUUUUUUGUUGUUGUUUAUUUGCAUAUUACACCAAGAAAUGUGUGUUACUUAUGUCUGGGUCCAUGGAAGUAGAUGUAAAGUAUUAAACUCUUAAUGGUAGUCAAACUAGUCUUUGUUUAGAUUUAUGCAGGGCGUGCUGCCAUGUAAAUUGUUUGCUACUUUGAUUUGCCACUCCUUCCUGCCAUUAAGUUAGUUUUAUAUCAUUCCAGAUGCUUAACCUCUUUAGCUGUAAAGAUAAUUCAUAAAUAAGUCUCAGAGUAAAUGAGUUCAUUCAGGUCUAACAUAUUACAGAGAUUGGGCAAUAUAGUGACCAUAUAUCACUGCUCUACUGUGUAGAGCACAAAUAUAACUUACACAGUGGCCUAGAUACAAUGCAGUUAUCUAUAGUUGCUCUUUGAAUAUGACAGGAUGUAAAUGGCUUUGUUAUACAAUAUAAAUAGGUGUGCUCCUACAAGCAUUUGUCACUACUCUUGAAACACUUCCAACACUGAGACAUGCAGUUAUUUUUAUAAUCUAUAAUUUUAGUCACUCUCCUUUGGCGGCCAUUUGUUUUUAUCUUGACUGAGCAGAUCCACAUACUGUAAGUCUCUUCCCUUUGUCAUCUAUUGUUUCAUAAACAUCAAAGAAAAUCUAUGAAUUUUCUCCUUCAUUACAUAAUAAUGCACAGUUAAUGGCAUUAAAUGUCUAUCCCAGUAUUUGUGUGAUCAAUGAUAGAAUAACAAAUAAAGAAAUUAACACGUG